AUGUUUUAUCAACAUCCAUACAUCAAAAUUUAUUUGCGGUAUAAAGAGCAGCGGAUUUCUACGAAGAAGAGUCAUGUGAAAAAAUGUACGCUAUCACCAGUUUACAAUGAAUCGUUUGUUUUUGAAUUGCCGUGCACUGAGGACGAAGAUUUGGAUAAUGUUAAAUUUGAAAUUGUGGUUAUGGAUUGGGAUCGUCUGACAAAAAAUGAGGUGAUGGGCAAAUGUUUUAUUGGACCCGAUGAUGAGCACUGGCUUCAGGUACGGAGCAAUCCACGACGGCAAAUUGCCGAGUGGCAUCAGUUGUCUGUAUGA